UGCUUGUGAUUCCACGUAUUUUUGCUGAACUUGUAAAAAAGACACUUGGAUGGUGGAUUAACAAGAACACUGACAUUCCGUGGAAAGUUUCAAAUUGGAGAAUAUUGAAUUUUCACCCUAGCAAGCAGCUCUGCUGCUCACGUAAAUACAGAUGAAUGAAGACCCCAUUCGGAAAGACACCUGGCCAGCGGUCCAGAGCUGAUGCAGAACCUAGUGUUCUUUUCUGUUGUGUAUUGAUUGCUCUCCAGACCUGAUGCAUCAUUGCCAUUCUAGGCCAUGCUGGAGUAUCUGCAAACAUGAUGAAGAAGAGGACAUCCCACAAAAAGCAUCGGAGCAGUGUGGGGCCGAGCAAGCCUGUGUCCCAGCCCCGGCGGAACAUCGUAGGCUGCAGGAUCCAGCAUGGGUGGAGAGAGGGCAACGGCCCUGUCACCCAGUGGAAGGGGACUGUCCUGGACCAGGUGCCCGUGAAUCCUUCUUUGUAUCUUAUAAAGUAUGAUGGAUUUGACUGUGUUUAUGGACUAGAACUUAAUAAAGACGAAAGAGUCUCUGCACUUGAAGUUCUCCCUGACAGAGUUGCAACAUCUCGAAUCAGUGAUGCACACUUAGCAGAUACGAUGAUUGGCAAAGCGGUAGAGCAUAUGUUUGAGACAGAGGAUGGCUCCAAAGAUGAGUGGAGGGGAAUGGUCUUGGCACGGGCACCUGUCAUGAACACAUGGUUUUACAUCACCUAUGAGAAAGACCCUGUCUUAUACAUGUACCAGCUCCUAGAUGAUUACAAAGAAGGCGACCUUCGCAUCAUGCCCGAUUCUAAUGAUUCACCUCCAGCAGAAAGGGAACCCGGAGAAGUUGUGGACAGCCUGGUAGGCAAACAAGUGGAAUAUGCCAAAGAAGACGGCUCAAAAAGGACUGGCAUGGUCAUUCACCAAGUAGAAGCCAAGCCUUCCGUCUACUUCAUCAAGUUUGAUGACGAUUUCCAUAUUUAUGUCUACGACUUGGUGAAAACGUCCUAGAUGUCAUCCUGAACUUUGCCAAUUUGUGGAACUAUUAAAUGUAUAAUUUGUAGACAUAAAGACUUGAUUGCUUUCCAGUUUAAUGAAAGCUUAAAUGUCCCUGCGAACCCACAAUCUCUGCCAGCAGAACUGGUUUUGUUCUGAAUAGUACAGAUUGAUGUGAACACAAAGCAUUUUGUGUAAGGAAAACUCCUUCCUCUUGCAAGAAGUCUUGUUUGUUGGGAGGGGAGUUACAGGCAAGUUUGGUAAAGUUAAGAAACUAUAGUCAUUUAAAUCUGAAUAGAUCUUAACCAUUUCCCCCUUCACUCUAACAUUAUCUUACUCUGCUGCCACAAUGCAAGCAUAGUUGGUUAUUUUGUUAAUGCCUUUUUUGAGAGAUACGUAUCUAUAUCUACCUGUCUAUAUCUACAUCUGUGUGCUUACGUAUAUAAUAUAUAUAUACACACACAGAGUACACGUGCACACACACACCACUGGCAGUCCUUUCCUCGUGGAUUGGGAUGGGGUGAUAAAAUUUUCUCCAGUUUAACAGGAGUGCUUGACCCGUGGCAGUAAAUUAGGGCACAGGAAGCACAUAGGGACGUUUAUGUUGUUUGGAAGGUCAGAAGUUCAGAGCACCUUUCCAGUCUGGAGGCUUUCAACCAUAAGUCCAAUUAUGACUUCAUUGUGAGCAGUUAAUAACCCACAUUAGAAUUUGAUAAACUGCCGAGACAUCUGGAUAAAAGGCUGCCUUCAGUUCUAAGCUUUGUAAAUGUUUUUGUUUAUGUUUUAAUCAUAAAUCUUUUUUAAAGUAAAGCCCAGGUCCUUGGUUCACUGAUAUAAUGGAGAUGUGUUUUGGACUGCACAUUUGGUCCAUUAUUUGUACAAAUCAGCAAUCUGGAUUUUAGUACAUGGAUUUAAAAGGCAACAGUGCAUCAGUGGUUUGUGUGUAUGUGGUAAGUUCCUGGAAGAACAGUGCAUUUAUAUUAGAAAUGUAAGUUUUAAGAAUGGCAUCGUUGCCUUCUAACAAGUUCUCUGGGACAUUUUAAUUUUUAUUACUAUUAUUGUCGAUACAUGAUUAUGGUCAGAGAAGGCCUCCUCUUCCCUUCCCGGCCCUCUCCCGCCCGGCUUUUCUCCACAAAGAAUGUCUCACAAAUAACAGCUUAAUCUUUUGACACCUUUUUUGGUGGUGUAUGUCCGGGUGUGUUGUUAAGUGGGCUGAUUCCCUCCAGUGGCCCUCGGGCUUUGCAUGUCAGUGGUGUGUACCAUAGAAGGCCAGUCACAGAAGGCUCAUGGGUGUAAUAGCAGCCCUUUGCUCCAGAGUUCUUUCAUGGUUUAUUCCUGUACGGUUGUUUGAAACUGAAAUAGAACUGCAAAUAUGGUUGGUUGAUAGAUAAAUGGCUAUUCUCACUUUGUUUUGGAAAAACCCUGAUAACUUGACAGCCAGGAGAAAGAAGGUAUGUGAAACCAGUCUCUUGUAGAGAUUGGAAAUCUUACCUACAGUUUGGGCAGAACCUACACAGGGUGCAUGCUGUCAACCAAACACCAGAGGUUUGGAUGUGAAGUCUGUGUUUUCCUAAGUAUGGGCUGUUCUCAGUGUUAGAAGUCAUUCCAUGAUUGCACAUCCUAACCGUGCAUGGUCUGCUUGAUGCCCAUUUUGGCCUUCACAAAGGUGUGUGCCUUGUGCUCUUCGAUGGUAGCAAGUGCUCACCACGUGAAUACAGUACCUCAGUUCUCUGUCUCCUAUUGCAGUUGCCCUGUGCCCAGCACUUCACCAUGGGCAGCCAGGGCUUGCUUCUCAAAGCCGUGUGAUACCCCAGUCUUAGGCACUUCUCAUGUGUGUGUGAACAGGUGUCUUCCUGCAGAUCUGCUGUGUGUCUCUCUGCAUGUAAAUCUCAAAGCUGAGCCUGGCUCCUGGAGCCCAUACUGACAUUUGUGGCACGAAUUGUUGAGUGUGCAGCAUGCAGACAGUGCAGAACACAGUACAGUGACUUCAGGCUGAAAAAUAAAAGAUCCUUUUGAAGUAUCCUGAGGGUUGGGUCAAUUGAAACACUUGUAGCAUUAUCUGAGGACUUGCAUUGUGGUUUUUCUGCAAGCAACUUAAUAUACCCCUUAUCUCCCAGUCUCUAGAGGAAUGCAACAUGAUGAUGAUGAUGAUGAUGAUUUCAAUCAUUGGUUCAUUUUAUUGCCUUGAGGGCUUGAGGGAAGGGGAAGGGUAUUUUUUUGGCGGGGGUGGAGGGGUGGGCUCAUUUUUUCCCCCAUUCUUUAUUUCAGUGGCUUACACCACAGUUGAUGGUGUGACUAAGUCUGCUCCCAAGCCCACGUAUCUUGGGCUUCAUUUUAGGCUCAUAUUUCAGAUCUGCAUGCAUUGCUUGCAUUUUUCUGGUAUCUAAAUGUUGAUUCCUUGUUCUAGGAAUUCAACAUUAAUUUCCAAAAUUAUCAUGGAACUUGUGGCAACACAAGACAUGAAUCUAUGUAUAAAAUUUAUUGGCCUUUCUCAUUUUCCUGCUCUAGUAUUGUAUUGUGUGUGUGUGCGUGUGUGAUGUCAGGCUGCCACGUAAAACUUCAGAGAAGAACUUUAAAAGCAGACCAUCCUUUUUGCAUGCUCUAUUCUAAGUAGAAUGUUCAGUGUAACUAACUAAAAUUGCAUGUUAAAGAUAUUUAGGUUUUUUUUUUCUUUAUUUUUAUUUGCUUUCAGUUUCCUAUAUAUUUGCUUACUGUGCUGUUGUAGUGGUUGUAGGAUAAAAAUGCACUGGUGAAGCAAAUGUAGUGCCAACAGAAGGUGAUUUUCCAGUUGUAUAUGUCAUGCAGCAUUUGAAGGGACUGUGCGUUCUUAAAAAAAAAAUCACAGUUGCUUCUAAGCCAGAUUACAUUUUUAUUGUUUUAUGUGCCAAACCCCGAAGUGCAUUGGGCUUGAAUCUCUGAACACUGUAGACCCAUUAGAAGACUGUUCUGAUUGUCACAAAUUGUAGUGCCUGAAAACACUCUUAAGCUGAUUGUCUUAAAAAAAAAAAAAAAAAGAAGAAGAAGAAAGUCCUCCAAAGAUGAAACAGGAACAAUUAUUAUAAGAAAAUAAUUAUGGUGGAAAUGUCUGUGGUUCCUUGGAAAUGCUGCGCUCUCUGUAUUUUCCAUCGUUAGUGCAGUUUGAAUGAAUGUGUAUAGUUCAGAGGUCUUCGUGUUCACACUUUAAAACUAGGUAAAUGACCUCAUCUUUCGAGCUUGAAUUUAAUUUUAGUUUUAAUUUUAUUUUAUACAAUGUGUAGACAGUUCCCUGUUCUCUGCAUUUAGAAGUAUACACAGUAUAAAUCUGUUAAUUCUGUAAGUAAUUUUUAUAAUUAUGAUGUAACCCCAUCCUUCCUUAAAACAUUCAAAAUAAACCCUUUAUGUGCAA